AUGGAUUCUCCGAGGACUGGCACGGCCAGUGCUUUCAAGCUUGCACUCGGGCUUCGAUAUGAGCAUUCUGCCGAGGAGAACGCUGUUAUUCAUCUGCACCAGCUGUGCGGCCCUUGCGCCAAGUUCACCACCACAAGUCCCCUCCUUCGGACUCUCGCUCGGCGGGGCCGCAUCAGGAUCCUUGCCUCCGAGAUUGCCCAUGUUGGAACGCCUGUUGAACUGAAAGCCGGUUACUCGAGAGAUUGCCAUCUAUGUGCACUCUUGUGGGACCGGGUUGCGGCGCACUUAUUGGAUCCGGCAAGGUCAGCAAGGGCUAUGGAUUACAGCACUCCACUAGCUGUGAGGCUUGAAGCCCGUGAUGAUGAGAAAGAGUAUGCCAUUGAGGUCCAAAGGGGAACGAAUUGGAAAAAGAAAGCUCGGUGGACGAUCGCCCCCAUGCCUUACAUAUCAGACAAGGGUUACAUCAAAUUGAAGACCACAGCCUUGGGCAGCGAAAUAGCCAGUUACUUAUAUAUCCAUCGACGUACGAGUCCAGACUUGAACAGUGACUCCCUUCGACAUAGCUCAGUUUCGCUCUCUUCGCGCAAUAACGUUAACUUUGAAGUCAUCAAGAAGUGGCAAUUGGGUUGUACUGAGCAGCAUGCUGCAUGUCGCCAAUUUCCGAGCGUUGUUUCCCCGACAAAUCAGGCACCCUCAAGGUUACUAAACGUCAGUGGAGACAACGUGCGUCUUGAAUGUGAUGUCGGAGCAAUGACACCUGGGCUGCUAGAAUACACAACUCUCAGUCACAUAUGGGGAUCCGAUCCUUCCUUGUGUCCACAGCUACUGGCGUCAACUAUAGAUUCGUUCUCACGCAGUAUUUCCAUGCAAGAUUUGCCUCAGAAAUAUGUCGACGCCAUUCAAAUCACACGGGCCUUAGUGUUUCGCUACAUUUGGAUCGAUUCUCUCUGCAUCAUCCAAGACUCAAAAGAAGACUGGCAAAAAGAAGCCGUCAAGAUGGCGGCGGUAGUCAUCAAACAAUCAUCUGUGAGAUCCCAGGAUACAUUUGCCUUGUCACAAUCCUAUGCCUUGUAA